AUGGGAAUCGUUAGUUUUUCUGCCUGCUAUUUCUCUUUUUAUUUAUUUCAUGUAAGCGUUCGCUUGAUUUCAGUGAGCAAGCGCAGCGAUGGUUUUAUUAACAGCGACACAAAAAUAUGCCGAUCAUUAUUCCUCACAUUAUUGGAUAUUGAUUUCUGCUUCUCUUUCGCUUUUAAUUUUUCUUUGUUUUCUUUGUCUUUCUCCUUUCUUUCUUUCUUUACAUUUUCGAUUCUUUCUUUCUUUUUUUUUCCCCCUCAUUUCUGGUCUUUUAUUUUGUAUAUUCUGCUUUUGUUCAGGAGUUUUCGCCUCGUUUCUGUUUUGUUUUGUUUGUUUGUUUCUUUUUUUGUUUGUUUCUUUCUUUCUUCCUUUCUUUCUUUCUUUCUUUCUUUCUUUCUUUCUUUCUUUCUUUCUUUCUUGUUUGUUUGUUCUUUCUUGCUUUCUUUCUUGCUUUCUUUCUUUUCCGUCACUCUCCCCUGCGUUUGCUUCGGUAUUUUUAUUUUAUUGGCAUUGAUGCAUUUCAUUUUCUUCUAUUUUUGCCUUCUUUCUUUCUUUCUUUCUUUCUUUCUUUCUUUCUUUCUUUCUUUUGCUUUUUUCUUUUUUUUUCUUUUCUUUCUUUCUUUUUCCUUUCUUUCUUUUUUUCACUUUGCAUUUUCUUUUAUUUUUAUUUUUGACUUUCUUGUAGCUUUUUUUCUUUCUUUCUUUUUCUUUCUUUCUUUCUUUCUUUCUUUCUUUCUUUUCUUUCUUUCUUUUUUUUUCCGUUACUUUCUCUAUUCUUUUUUUAUUGCGUCUCCUUUUCUUUCUUUCUUUCUUUCUUUCUUUCUUUCUUUCUUUCUUUCUUUCUUUCUUUCGCUCCUCUUUUACUUUUCUUUUACAUUAUCUCUUUUUCAUUUUUAUUUACAUACUUCUUCUUUUUCACUCUGUCUUAAAUAUUUUGGUCUUUCUUCUCCUUCUUCUUUUUCUUCUUCUUCUUCUUCUUCUUCUUCUUCUUCUUCUUUUUCUUCUUCCUUGUCGACUGCCUUUAUUUUCUUCUCUUAUAUUCGGUCCCCAACUUUUUCUUCGUUUUCGUCUUCUUCAUCUUUGUCUACUGCACUCUGCCUCCUCCUCCUCCUCCUCUUCCUCCUCCUCUUCCUCCUCCUCCUCUUCCUCCUCCUCCUCCCUCCCUCCUACUCCUCCUUCUUUUUCUAUUGCAUUUGGCGAUCAUAUUUUCUUCUUCCUCCUCCCCUUCGUUCUCUUCUUUCUUUCUUUCUUUCUUUCUUUCUUUCAUUCUUUCUUCCUUUCAUUCAUUCUUUCUUUCUUUCUUUCUUUCUUUCUUUCUUUCUUUCUUAUCUUUCUUUCCACCUUCCUUUCUAUUCCUUUAAUUUCCUUCCUCUCCUUUCCUAUCUUUCUUGCGCACUUCGUAGUCUGCAUAUUUCACUGAAGAUAAUCUUCACCAAGAAUUUCAAGGGUUUCUUUGUGACCGCCCUCCACUCUCCGCUACCCCUCCCCCAUUGCACUGAAUGUAGAACACCAGGCUACAGCAAAAACAACAAUUAUUACCAUUCCUUUUCUCCGAACAACUUUCUUUUUUUAUCAUCGUUGCAACCAUCAUUAUCUUUUUCUUUACUUACGUGA